GGGGCUGCCCUGUCACCCGCGGCCGCUCGGGGCGAGGCCGCCGAGCAGCGGUUCCCGUCACCCUCCCGGUACCGGAGCGGUACGUGAGGGCCGGGCCCCGCGGCCGCCUCAGGGAAACACCGGCCCUGGACUAUGGACGGUGCUUUUCUUUGGCCCGAACGGCUCCUAAGCUCGGCUUAUAGAUUUCAACCGCACUUUUCUGGUUCAGCAUAAGGCCCACUUGACUUUACUCGAAGAUCCAUUAGAGCGCUUGUUUUUAAUUCAAAUGGGUGAUGAAAAGGAUUCUUGGAAAGUGAAAACUUUAGAUGAAAUUCUUCAGGAAAAAAAGCGAAGGAAGGAGCAAGAGGAGAAGGCAGAGAUAAAACGUAUGAAAAACUCCGAUGAUAGAGAUUCCAAGCGGGAUUCUCUCGAAGAGGGGGAGUUGAGAGAUCAUCGCAUGGAAAUAACAAUCAGAAACUCACCUUACAGGAGGGAAGACUCCAUGGAAGACAGAGGAGAAGAAGAUGAUUCCUUGGCUAUCAAACCACCGCAGCAAAUGUCACGGAAAGAAAAAACCCAUCAUAGAAAAGAUGAGAAGAGGAAAGAGAAACGUAGACACCGUAGUCACUCGGCAGAAGGGAAACAUGCCAGAGUGAAAGAGAAAGAACGGGAACAUGAGCGUAGGAAGAGACAUAGAGAAGAGCAGGAUAAAGCGCGUCGUGAAUGGGAAAGACAGAAACGGAGAGAACUGGCAAGGGAGCAUUCCAGGAGGGAGAGAGAUCGUCUGGAGCAGCUCGAGCGAGAGCGAGAAAGGAAAAUCAGAGAGCAGCAGAAAGAGCAAAGGGAGCAAAAGGAACGAGAAAGGCGAGCUGAGGAAAGGCGUAAGGAACGGGAAGCCAGAAGAGAAGUUUCUGCACACCAUAGAACAGUGAGGGAAGAAUAUGGAGACAAAGUAAAAAUGAGACCCUGGAGUCGCAGCCCAUUACGACAGCAAAGAGACAAGCUUGAGCAAGCAGAUAGCAGGAAACCAGCAGUAAAAGAAGAGAAACCAGAAGAGAGAGAUCCCCUUUCCGACCUGCAGGACAUCAGUGACAGCGAGAGAAAAACCAGCUCUGCAGAGUCUUCCUCAGAAUCUGGAUCGGGCUCGGAAGAAGAGGAGGAGGAGUCCAGCAGCGAAGGGUCUGAGGAAGAGGGAGAGGAAGAGGAGGAGGAGGAGGAGGAGGAGACGGGCAGCAAUUCUGAGGAGGUGUCUGAGCAGUCAGCUGAAGAGGUGAGCGAAGAAGAAAUGAGUGAAGAGGAGGAACAGGAGAACGGAAACCACAUCCCAGUUGUUACAGAGUCGAGAUUUGACCACGAUUCUGCGGGGAGCGAAGCAGAGGAGGAGGAGGCCGGGGAGGGCAGCCCGCACUCCAACGCCAUGACCGAGGGGGAGUACGUGCCCGACUCGCCCGCGUCCUCCCCCAUCGAGCUGAAACAAGAGCUGCCCAAGUAUCUUCCUGCGCUGCAGGGGUGUCGUAGCGUGGAGGAAUUUCAGUGUUUGAACAGGAUUGAAGAAGGAACAUACGGCGUCGUGUACAGAGCAAAAGACAAGAAGACUGAUGAAAUUGUGGCUCUGAAGCGCCUGAAGAUGGAGAAGGAAAAGGAAGGCUUUCCCAUCACUUCUCUGAGGGAAAUAAAUACGAUUCUGAAAGCACAACAUCUAAAUAUUGUCACAGUCAGGGAAAUCGUCGUAGGUAGUAAUAUGGAUAAAAUCUAUAUUGUAAUGAACUACGUAGAACACGACCUCAAGAGUCUGAUGGAAACAAUGAAGCAACCAUUCCUGCCAGGUGAGGUGAAAACCUUGAUGAUUCAGUUACUGCGAGGAGUCAAACACCUUCACGACAACUGGAUUCUUCACCGAGACUUGAAAACUUCCAACCUGUUGCUCAGUCAUUCAGGCAUUUUAAAAGUUGGCGAUUUUGGCCUGGCGCGGGAGUACGGGUCUCCGCUGAAGCCGUACACGCCGGUGGUGGUGACGCUUUGGUACCGGGCGCCGGAGCUGCUGCUUGGAGCAAAGGAAUACUCGACAGCGAUAGACAUGUGGUCAGUGGGGUGUAUAUUUGGAGAGCUCUUAACGCAGAAACCGCUCUUUCCGGGGAAGUCAGAAAUCGAUCAGAUUAACAAAGUUUUUAAGGAUCUGGGUACUCCAAGUGAAAAAAUCUGGCCAGGUUACAACGAGCUGCCGGCAGUGAAGAAGAUGACGUUCACGGAAUAUCCCUACAACAACCUCCGCAAGAGGUUCGGGGCGCUGCUCUCGGACCAGGGCUUCGAUCUGAUGAACAACUUCUUGACAUACUACCCAGCCAGAAGGAUCACUGCCGAAGACGGUUUGAAGCACGAGUAUUUCCGAGAGACUCCCCUUCCUAUCGACCCCUCCAUGUUCCCCACCUGGCCAGCAAAAAGCGAACAGCAAAGGGUGAAACGCGGCACGAGCCCCCGGCCGCCCGAGGGGGGGCUUGGCUACAGCCAGCUGGGUGAUGAUGAUCUCAAAGACACAGGUUUUCAUCUGACCACCACAAAUCAAGGAGCGUCUGCUGCAGGACCCGGGUUCAGCCUCAAGUUUUAAACUCAACAUGAAGGAAGGGGGAGAAGAAUAAAAAGCCCCAUUCCCGUGAGUGGAUUUGUGAGCGCCACAGUUCUGUUCUUCGCGUCGGGGACACUCGAUGUUUUUCAUGUGUGAAGAAAAGUCCAAUGUCAUCACAGAUUCAAAGGCUCUUGCUGGGUGUGGAGUCGUAACUUCUGCAUUCCAUUAGCGGACUGGAAUGAACCUGAGAAGCCAAGGAUCGUUACCAAAUCCGACAAAGGAAAACUUGAAGUACAAUCCUGGAACAGCUUCUGGUUUAUUUUUAAGUUUUUUUGUUUUGUUGGGUUUGUUUUGUUUUUGUUUUUCCUUGUACAUUUGUAGAAUUAAAAUACGUUUUUAAUUGUUUAA